AGCCCCAACAAGCUAUUUUUUUCCCUCGGCUCUUUUUGUAACUGCAUCUCCCUCCCCUCCUCUCCAAGCACUUCCCAGCCUGGGUGCUUCAUUCAAUGCAGCUUGUUUCCACAGCGUGAUCAGUGUGUGUGUGUAUUUCUUCCUGCUUCCAAACUAUUGCACAGAGAACAGAAGGUAGAACGGAGAGCCUGUUUAAAGACCCUGCUCUGAAUAAUAAGGAGAUUAUCCUAAGAACAUGUAUGCCGUGUGUUUUAUGUUGGCUUCUGUGAUGCAUCUCCACUCUCAAGGCCAGGCUGCUGCAGAGACAAAUGGCAUUGCUAAUAAAGCUACUCACAGCUGGGGUUCCAAAAUGGAAGCAUUAUCCACAACUGUGGCUGAUGAACUAGAAGGGGAGGUUCCCUUCAUCACCACUGCACCCACCAUGACAUUGAUCAACCACCACCCACUUUUGGAGGGAAUUCUUCAUGAAGCAAUAAUGAAGAAAGAUUUCCAGUAUCUGCCCCCCUUCUUUUCUAGGAGCAAGCCAACAGAGGACAAUAGUGACUCCCAAGACAUGUUGUCUACACACAAACUGAAAAUUCCUUUGGAUAAUUUGGCCCACCCAGCUGAUAUUCAUAAAUUCUAUGAAGCUUCCACUACAUCACCAGUGCCACUUAUACAAUCCACUAUUCCCUUGGACACAACAUCCACAGUCACAGAUACAGGGAGAGAGGUGAGCGAGUCACAUGAAGAAGUCAGGUUGGCUCCCAUUCCAGCAACUUUCCAAACUUCUGUGGCCAACGUUUUUCCUGGAACAGACAAAAAUGAGUAUUUACAACAACAAGGCACAGCAGUGUCUUCCUCUCACACAGAAGAUUCAUUUCUAAAAGAGGACGAUACUGCCCACUCUACUUCUCUUUGGCACAAAGUGGAUCAAAUGGAUGGAUCAAAUAAAUGGCACAUGAAGAAGGCAACUGGUUCCAUAAUGCCAUCAGUAGUUACAAAUUAUGAAGAGGAGGAGGAAACAACUACAAGCACAAUAAUCACCACAACAGUGACAACGGCAGCUCCAGCACCAGAACCAUGCAACAAGAAUUUCACAGGCCCAGAAGGCUUUCUUCUAUCACCAGCUCAAAAGGGCCCUCAGUAUAAACCAGGACUGGACUGUAUCUAUAUAAUCCAGGUAUAUCCUGGUUAUGGUGUGGAAAUCAAGGUACAAAAUAUCAGCUUAUUCGAAGGCGAGACAAUAACAGUGGAGAGCCUGGAGGGAGUGGAGCCCGUGAUCCUAGCCAAUGAAUCCUUUAUGAUGAAGGGUCAAGUUAUCCGUAGCCCAACCAAUCAAGUCCUGAUUCACUUCCAGAGCCUGCAACAAUCCAGUCCAGGCAACUUUCGGUUGCAUUAUCAAGUAUACAUGCUAAGCUGCGGAUUCCCACACCGACCUGCUUACGGUGAUGUCUCUGUGACCAGCCUGCACCCAGGAGGUGAAGCAUACUUCUACUGCAACACCGGCUACCAACUUCUUGGCCCUCAGGUGCUUAAAUGUCUGAAUGCAACACGGCCCUUCUGGAGCAACCACCCACCACAGUGUAUAGCUGCCUGUGGAGGACUGAUAAGGAACAUUACCACUGGGCGACUUGUCUCCCCAAACUUCCCAGGAAAUUACAGCAAUAAUUUGACUUGCCAUUGGGUGUUAGAGGCUCCAUCUGCACAACGGCUCCACCUGCACUUCGAAAAAGUUGCUCUGGCCGAAGAUGAUGACAGACUCAUCAUUCGGGAUGGGAACACCAUUGACUCUCCUCCUAUUUACGACUCAUACGAAGUGGAGUAUCUCCCCAUAGAAGGUUUGCUCAGCAGCGCUCGGCACCUCUUUAUAGAAUUCACUACUGACAGCAGUGGAAGCUCAACUGGAGUGGCCCUCCGUUUCCAGGCGUAUGAACAAGGACACUGUUAUGAACCAUUUAUGAAAUAUGGGAACUUCACCAGCAGUGACCCUUCCUUUGCUCUGGGAACUGUGGUGGAGUUUACAUGUGAUGCGGGAUACACACUGGAACAAGGAUCCACCAUCAUCGAAUGUCAAGACCCCGGAGAUCCACAAUGGAAUGAGACAGAACCAGCAUGCAGGGCUGUUUGCAGUGGAGAGAUCACAGAUUCAGCUGGGGUUGUGCUGUCCCCAAACUGGCCAGAAGCUUAUGGGAAGGGUCAGGACUGCAUUUGGGGUAUACACGUGGAAGAAGAUAAGAGAAUUCUACUGGACAUCCAAAUCCUACGGAUUGGCGACAAUGAUAUUCUCACAUUCUACGAUGGUGAUGAUUUGACGGCCCACGUCCUUGGUCGGUACACGGGGACACACAAUCACUUCAAACUCUACACAACGAUGGCAGAUGUCAUCAUCCAGUUCCAGACAGACCCUGGAAGCAGUGUCUUUGGCUACCAACAGGGCUUCAUCAUCCACUUUUUUGAGGUGCCAAGAAAUGACACUUGUCCUGAGUUACCAGAGAUCCUGAAUGGAUGGAAAACCACCUCCCAGACUGAUCUGGUUCAUGGAACAGUUGUGACCUUUCAGUGUUAUCCUGGCUUUGAGGUGGCGGGAGCAGAGCUGCUCAUGUGUCAGUGGGAUCUUACAUGGAGUGGAGAUCUGCCUACAUGUGAAAGGGUGAACACCUGCAUAGACCCUGGAGAUGUUCUUCAUAGUCGCAGGAUCAUCUCUGUCUCCAAAUUCCCAGUGGGCAGCACUGUGCGCUAUGUCUGUGAUAAGGGAUACGUCCUUACCGGGAGCAGCACCAUCACCUGCUACAACCGCCAGGCGGGUGUACCCAAAUGGAGUGACCGCUCGCCCAAGUGUGUCCCCGAGAAAUAUGAACCAUGUGCUAACCCCGGAACAUUAGAAAAUGGGCAUCAAGAGCCUGAGAAGAGAAUGUACCAACCAGGGGAGGCCAUCAGGUUCACUUGCAUAACUGGGCACACGCUGAUGGGAGAACAAAGCAUAAAGUGUGUGCCAGGGCAUCCCUCAGUAUGGAGCAGUCCACCACCCAUCUGCAAAGCCUCAUAUAAAGAGUUUUAUAGCGACAAAAGUGUGGAAGCUGUGGCAAAAGCUGCGACUGAAGACAGUCCAAUGGAAGGCACCCACAUCCUGCUGGCCAUUUUUGUACCCAUUAUUAUGGUGGCUCUGUUGAUUGCCUCCAUUUACUUGUAUUUCUCAAGGCUGCAAAGUAAAGCUCCCCUUCGGUUGCCUUUAUCUUCAUCUCCUCCAUACGAUCAAGUUACUGUUGAAUCUGAAUUUGACAAUCCAACAUUUGAGACAGGGGACACACGGGAAUAUGAAGUCUCUAUAUAGAUGGAUUCUUGAAGGACCAAGUUCUGAGAUGCUGGCAGAGAUCUGGGAGUGAUAAGCCUCUUUUUGUUCCCUUGCAACAAAGAAGACUUCUACCCUGUGACUGCAAUUGCUCCAUCAGAUGAAAACAUCUUACCCCGAGAAAGGACACAAACACUUUCAUUGGCCGGCACUAAAACACACUAAAAAGUUGACUUGGCAUUCCCAGCUCCCCAUUUUCAAAAUCUGGAUUUCUUUUCCAUAAUUCAAGGAACAAUAUAUUCACUAGAGGAAUUAUGUGAUUUAAACCUGAAUAUGUUAUAUUCUGCUUAAAAAAAAGAUGAAACAUUGGAAUCUAUAGAGAGCUGAAGUGUAGAGAAGAAAAUCCACAGAACAGCAAUGAUUGAAUUAAUGAUAUACAGUAUAUAUAUAGAUAUAUAUAUAUAUAUACAACUACUUCUACUACUACAGAAGGUCCGCACUCU